GUGGCACUUGCACACGUUUUCCAUAAUAUUUCGUCAGAUAAAUUGCUCUAGUGCAGCAAAAGUGAUUGCAAAAAAUUAUUGUUCAAUUAAUUCCUAAAGAACUAAGCAUAUUUUAUAAGUAAAAACAGUAUUUAAAGAAUUUAUUGCCGAAAUGCCUGAAGAACAACAGCCUGCUGUAAAUGGCGAAGCCCCUGUUGCUGGUGAACCACCAAAAACGGCCAAACAAUUGGAAAAGGAAGCUAAAAAAGCAGAAAAAUUAGCUAAACUUCAAGCAAAAUUGGAUAAGAAAGCAACUGCUGCUCCAGCGGCCACAGAAAAGAAGGAAAAGCCUGAGAAAAAGGCCAAAGAAGUGAAGGAGGCUGCGGUAUACACUGCCAACACUGCUCCCGGUGAAAUGAAAGAUCUCUCUGGCUCAUUGCCUGAUGCUUAUAGCCCCGGCUAUGUUGAGGCUCAGUGGUAUAGUUGGUGGGAAAAACAAGGAUUUUUCAAACCAGAAUAUGGACGCUCCAGCAUUUCCGAUCCAAAUCCUAAUGGAAAUUUCGUCAUGGUCAUUCCACCACCAAAUGUUACCGGUUCUCUGCAUUUGGGUCAUGCUCUCACCAAUGCCAUUGAAGAUUGCAUCACUCGUUACAACCGCAUGAAGGGCAAAACCACACUUUGGGUGCCUGGCUGUGAUCAUGCUGGUAUUGCCACACAAGUAGUGGUAGAAAAAUUGUUAUGGCGUGAUGAGAAACUCACACGUCACGAUUUGGGACGUGAAAAAUUCAUUGAAAGAAUUUGGGAUUGGCGUCGCGAGAAGGGUGGUCGCAUUUAUGAUCAAUUAAGACGUUUGGGUUCUUCCUACGAUUGGAGCCGUGUGGCCUUUACGAUGGAUCCUAAGCUAUGCAAAGCUGUUACAGAGGCUUUUGUACGUCUUCAUGAAGAUGGCAGCAUUUAUCGCAGCUCUCGUUUGGUUAACUGGUCUUGUGCUUUACGCUCAGCUAUCUCCGAUAUUGAAGUAGAUAAAAUUGAUAUUCCUGGCCGCACCUUUUUCUCCAUACCCGGCUACGAUGAAAAGGUGGAAUUUGGUGUCCUCGUGAAAUUUGCCUACAAAGUUGAGGACUCUGAUGAAGAGAUUAUUGUGGCCACUACACGUAUUGAAACCAUGUUGGGUGAUACUGCCGUGGCUGUUCAUCCCAAUGAUGAACGCUACAAACAUUUGCAAGGCAAAUUUGUGAAGCAUCCAUUCUGCGACAGACGUUUGCCCAUUGUUUGUGAUGAAUUUGUUGAUAUGAAUUUCGGUACAGGCGCUGUUAAAAUUACUCCAGCCCAUGAUCCUAACGAUUAUGAUGUAGGUAAACGUUGCAAUUUACCCUUCAUCACCAUCUUUAAUGAUGAUGGUUAUAUUAUUGGUGAUUACGGCGAGUUUACAGGCAUGAAGAGAUUCACUUGCCGCAAACAAAUUCUUGUUAAAUUGCAAGAAUUGGGUCUGUACAGGGAAACUGUUAACAAUCCCAUGGUGGUGCCAUUCUGUUCACGUUCUAAGGAUGUGGUAGAGCCCAUGAUUAAACCACAAUGGUAUGUGAAAUGCUCUGAAAUGGCUGAAAAGGCCACUGAAGCUGUACGUUCCGGUGAACUCAAAAUUAUACCCGAACAUCACACUAAGACUUGGUACCACUGGAUGGAUGGCAUUCGUGAUUGGUGUGUGUCGCGUCAAUUGUGGUGGGGUCAUCGUAUUCCUGCUUAUCAUGUUACAUUCACUGAUCCCUCCAUACAAUCUGGUUCGUCUGACGAUGAAGCCUAUUGGAUUGUUGCUCGUACUGCCGAAGAAGCUUUAACUAAAGCUGCCGAAAGAUUCAAUGUGGAUGCUAGCAAAAUUAAACUAAACCAAGAUGAAGAUGUCUUAGAUACUUGGUUCAGUUCUGGCCUCUUCCCCUUCUCAGUAUUUGGCUGGCCCGAUAAUACUGCCGAUAUGGAAGCCUUCUAUCCCACAACCCUUUUGGAAACCGGUCAUGAUAUUCUAUUCUUCUGGGUGGCCCGUAUGGUCUUCUUUGGCCAAAAGUUGCUAGGAAAAUUGCCCUUCAAAGAGGUUUAUCUGCAUCCCAUGGUGCGUGAUGCUCACGGUCGUAAAAUGUCCAAAUCAUUGGGUAAUGUCAUUGAUCCCAUGGAUGUUAUACACGGCAUAACAUUGGAGGGUCUGCACGCCCAAUUGGUUAACUCUAAUUUGGAUCCUCGUGAAAUUGAAAAGGCCAAGGCAGGCCAGAAACAAGACUAUCCCAAUGGUAUACCAGAAUGUGGUUCAGAUGCUUUACGUUUUGCCUUGUGUGCCUACAUUACUCAAGCACGUGAUAUUAACUUGGAUAUUAAUCGUGUAUUGGGUUAUCGUUUCUUCUGUAACAAAUUGUGGAAUGCCACUAAAUUUGCCCUCAUGUACUUUGGCGGUGAUGAAAAAUACUCAUCUGAUUUGCAACUGAGUGGCAGUGAAAACAACAUGGAUGUUUGGAUUCUCUCGCGCUUGGCUGCUGCCAUUGAGAUUUGUAAUAAUGGGUUUGAACAAUACGAUUUUGCGGCGGCCACCAGUGCCUGCUAUAGUUUUUGGUUAUACGAUUUGUGCGAUGUGUAUUUGGAGUGCUUGAAACCCAUCUUCCAAAAUGGUACUGACGACCAAAAGGCCUCUGCACGUAAAGCUUUGUUUGCUUGCUUAGAUUUGGGUUUGAAAUUGCUGUCACCAUUUAUGCCUUUCAUUUCGGAAGAAUUGUAUCAACGUUUGCCCAGAGCUGAUACCACACCCAGUAUAUGUGUGGCUGCUUAUCCAGCGAAUACCACUUGGCGCAACGAACAAGUUGAAAAGGAUGUUGAUUUCAUGCAAAAGACUGCUCGUAUCAUACGUUCAGCUCGUUCUGAUUACAACUUGCCCAACAAAACCAAAACUGAAGCCUAUAUUGUCUGCACCGACUCUCAACCUAAUGAUAUUCUGAAGAAAUAUGCCAGCGAUUUGUCUACCAUUUCUUACUGUUCCAAAAUUGAAUUCGAUAACACACCACCGGCUGGUUGUGCUAUUCUUACCGUUUCGGGUCAAUGUGAAGUUCAUUUGCUGCUCAAGGGUCUGAUUGAAGCGGACAAAGAAAUCGCCAAAUUGCAAAAGAAACAGGUGCAAUUGGAACAAACUGUUGGUAAAUUGAAACAGGCCAUGGAAGCUAGUGAUUAUGCCACCAAGGUACCAGCUGAAGUACAAACUGCUAAUACAGAAAAAUUACAACAGUCGGAAAGUGAAAUUCAACGUAUUACCCAGGCUAUGGAAACCCUGAAAUUGAUGUAAAUCCUUAUUUCGUGAUAAAGAGAAGAAUAAACAGUGGCGUUUCUUUUAAGCAGUUUAUUUAGUUGUUAGUUAAAGUGACUUAAAUGUUGGCAUUUCUGUAAUUUCAUUUCACAAACUAUCUGUUUUCCUGUGUUUGUAAUUUAUUUUUUUUGAAGAUUUUAAAUUAUUUUUUAUGUUAGAGGAUUAUUAUAAUAGACAAUUAGCUACAAGCUUACAAAAACUCAAAUAAAAAAUAAAUAUCUAUGCUAAAAUAUGAAUAGAACACUAAA